ACUACGGAAGAAGGAGAGACGGAUGCCGCUGCUACGGCCAACAAGCCAGCACGAUCUCGGCAAGCCCGCUCAGUGACGCCAGAAGACGCGGAGGACCAGGAGGCCGACCUCACCACACUUACCAUGGGCGAUUUGACACGAGACCUCCGUAUCGGCAAAAAGUUCAGCAGACACGACGAGCUGCUCCAGCGUCACCGCGACAAGCAGGCCAAGUCUAGGGAGAGACUCAAGGCGAAGAGGAACGGCUCGGAG